UCCUGUACAGUAAAGGAUUGUAAUUGGAUUAUUUUCUCAUUCGAAAGGUUAAUCUACAUUUAGUUCCCUAGGCACUUGGAUUGCCUUUUGGGAAUACAGUAGAAAUAAGAUCUUGGAGGAUGGGGGAUUAUCAAGUGGAAUCAAAGAGCCCCUCCUUUCGCAGAUUACUGAAGCUUCUUUCAGAUUCCCAAGUCUCAAGCUCUGAAUUACAAAAAGAAGUUCAGGCUUUAAUGGAAAUGGUCAGAGAGCAACAUGAAAGAGAGAAGAUAACAGACAGUGAUGUCACAGCAGUUGAUAAGACACUGACCUAUUUUCAAGAACUCUUAAAUACAGAGCCAGCAUUUGCACACUGUGGUCUUGCAGAUUGCUGUCGAUUGUUGCGCAAUAUUUGUGUACAGUGUCCUUUGGCACAAGACAAAGUUUUGCCAUGUCUCAAGAAGAUCAGAUCUGUGAUACACAGUUGUGCUGGUCUUAAGAGAGGGAUACACAAAACUGAAAGUGAAAGUGGCAUCAUUUUGUUCCGAUGUAUUGUACAGUUCAUUGGAAACUGUAUUGUCAACCAUCCAAAUAACCAAGAAUUUGUGUGGAAUAAUUUCCAAGAUGAGCUCAGUGAUCUGUUGAAUUUUGGAGAUGAGAAGUUAUGUACAUACACAUGUAUGGUUUAUCACAAUUGCCUCAGAGGAAAGCUGGACAGGAAGUCAGAGAUGGAUACUGAGCAUUGUGGGCAAAUUCUUUGUGAUGUUGUCAAGGCAACAAUUGACAAAGAAUCUGAAUAUGGAUUAUUUGUGGUAGGGGAUUGUCUGGAAGUUAAUGGCACCCUGGCUGUUGCUGAUGAAGAUCUAUCAGAUCAUGAAAUAUUGUAUGUACUAGAAAUAUUAAUAGAUCAGCUGAAGAGAUUGCCAAAGGACUCUGAUUUAACAGAGCCCUGUCCACAUCCUUCACUAGGCAAUUUACAGUACACAGUGACUCAAGUAGCUACACAUGCUACAGCCAUACUUAAUGUCAUGGAGGAAAAAAUGGAAAUUAAUCCAAAUAUAAUUGUGAAACAGAUAGAGAUCCUAGGGCUGGCUUCUUCACAUACACAGCUGUACGGAGAACUACAAAAUGAAUCAGACUUAUUGACAACUUGUCUCUAUUUGCUCCACAGUAUCCACCGACUGGGACAAUGUGGAGACAAUGUGUUCAGUAGUGUGGAGAAGGUGACCCAGGUCAGGGAGGUGGAUGUCCAUCAUCCAGCCUUCGGUCUCAAGAAAGACAUCAUCCGCCUGCUGGCUAAUCUUGUACACAGGCAUAGAGAAAAUCAAGAUAAGGUGAGAGAAAUGGAUGGAUUGCCACUUAUUUUGGAUCAAACGAACAUUGAUGCCCGAAAUCCCUAUAUUUCUCAGUGGGCGAUACUGGCCAUCCACAAUCUGUGUGAAAAUAACCCAGACAAUCAGAAAGUGUUGUCAGACCUUAAAAUACAGGGUGUCUGUGACAAAUCAGCCAUAGUAGAGGAAUUAGGGAUCGAGGUGGAACUUAAAGAUGGCAAAGUGUCUGUGAAACCCAAAACACAGGAUAGGUGACCGACAUCUCAACCCGGUGUUCUGUGAUAAAGUACGAAGCAAAACUUACUGUUUUAUGAAAGAAUGUUUUAAAUUGCAGAGACUCACGGUUUCAUCAAGCCCAUGCAGUCAUCUAUCUUUCCUUCAUUCUUUCAUUAAAACAUUUAUUGCUAAAGAAGUAAAAGAUACAUAUAUUUAAUUUCAUUUUAGGAAUUAUUACAUGAAAAUGCAAUGAGUCUAAUUCAAUGUAUCUAAUUUUCUAUGCUUUAGCUUGAAAUCAUUCAAUACAAAAGUCAGUCAGGCUAUGUUAAAGAAUGUAGGUCAGCAACUAGGAAGCUGUUGUAUACGUUGUUCAAUGUAUAUGGGUUUGGUACCACUGAUAACAGAAAAUAAAACAAAAAUCGUU